AUGGAUCCUCCUCCUCCUCCUCCUCCUCCUCCUCCUCCUCAAAUGCCAGCAGCCAGCCUUAACCGUUUCCGUUUGUGGGUUGUGACUGCUUGGCCUCUGGGGUUGGGACCUGAUGAGGGGUUCGUCCAACUUACUUGGCACAAGGGGGUUGGUUCUGCUCGAGGCAAUGCAUACAAUGCAUACCUACACUUUGUGUCCAAGAUCCAAAAGAAGCGCGCGAGCCAGGCUCGUGACGAGGGCAAGGGCUGGCGACCUUACCUGCAUUAG